AUGUUCGGCGUCUUCUCAUACUGGAUUCUGCCGCUCUUUGCAGCAUGUGUCUGGCUAGGUAUGCUGAGUGCCGCAUCUGAGAUUUGCAACCUCCCGACUGACUCGUGUGACCACAGCNNAACACUCCUCGGUAUGCUGGGCACCUGGCUCGCAAAGGGCUCACCUCACUACGUCAGUAUGGAACAAGGUCAAACAAUUGCAUACAUCUCGGACAUUGGCGCAACAGGUCUUCAACCUCUCUUCAUCGCCGGCUCCGCCGUCAGUGUCGUCGUCUUUGAUGUAUGCUUCGUCUCAGAACGCUGGUUGCGCCACAAGGGUCGCCUUGCCCACAACACAUCGACUGUUCAGAAGGUCUUGUCGGGCUUCGCUUGUGCCUUCGCCAUCAUCGGUGCCAUUGGUCUGAUCCUCUUGACCAUUCUGGAUACCGUCUCUCACCCUACCGCUCACGACAUCUGUCUCGUAAUCUUCAUUGUUGGCUACAUCAUCUCUGCCAUCUUCGCUUGCGCCGAAUAUCAACGUCUGGGCAUUCACUUCCGCCAGUACCGCAUCCUGCGUGCCUCAUUCUGGAUCAAGUUGACUUUCAUCUUCGUUGAGAUUGCUCUUGCUAUUGCAUUCGCCGCCCUGGGUCGUCACGCUGACAAGCGCAACACCGCUGCCAUCCUCGAAUGGGUCAUCUCACUCAUCUACAUCAUCUACCAAGGUCACUAUGCCAUGGACUUCUUCCCCGCUAUCCACAGCAAGGACCACCGCUUCCCCAGUGUCGAGGAGAUGAUCGAGAAUGGCGGCAACGGUCCUUCCUACUCUGGCGGUCCCACUUUCUCCGAGAGUGCCUCGUACGCAAGCGAGAACCCCAUGCGUGCCAAUGGUCAGACCGUCGAGCCCAGCAGAAACUUCUAA